AUGCCUUUCGUCACACUGUGGCAGGCGUUAUUCGCCGUCGGUGAAAUCAUGAAGGGUUUCAUCGGAAGUGAUGACACGGAUGCUUUAAGCGACGUAGUAGAAAAGGUAUACAAUUUAUCUCAAUUUAGUAUUAUCAGAGUUUUCGAAAAGGAGCACCAAAAUCACCACCGACCCUGGCAGUGCGAGAGCCACCUAAAACCCCCUUUUUUCUUCACAUUAGACCAAAAAUCAAAUUAAGUGCACAACACUAGUACUCUUUACAUGGAUACUUAGAAAUUGAAGCCAAAUACACACUUUCAGACAACUAGUCUGACAGAUAGGGCGAUCGAUCGAUCCAGAAAAAUAUCAAUGGGUGUAAUCCUAAGUUGAGUUGGGAUAAAGUUGACAGGAAAGAGGUGUUAUUAAGUUUAAUAUUUUCCUAAUUUUCUGAAUAAUUAAAUGAAUCCUCCAUUCCAUUCUGAAGUAAGGAUCCAUGUCCAGAUUGGUAGACAAUGUUUGUUAUAGUAAACAUCACUACAACACGUUUGUUUUCUACGUUUAACACAGGUGGUCCAGGGGCAUAACCCCGAAAGAGAGAACGAGAAAGAUGUAGGGUGCAGCAAAGUGAUGGCUGAACGAGUGCCAUUCCCCGAAGGGGCCCGAGGGGAAGACACUGAUAAAAGUGGUUGUAAACCUAAGUUGAACCGGGAUAUAGAUGACAGGAAAGAGGUAUUAUCAAGUUUAACAUUUCGGUCUUUCUAAAACGGUAAAUUGAGCAUCCAUUUCGUUCUGAAGUAAGGGAUCCAUGGGGAAAAUCAUUACCACACGUUUGUUUCCACAUUCGACACAGGCGGUUCAGGUGCAAGAUACCGAAAGAGGAAACGAGAAAGAUGCAGAGUGCGGGGAGAAGGCUGAAAGAGUACCAACCCCAGAGUGCACUCGUGUGGAAAACGUCAAUAGCAAUGGUUGUGAACCUGAGUUUAGCCGGGAUACAUGUGAUAAGAAAGAGGUAUUACCAGGUUUAAUGUUAUCUUCUUUUUUAAAAGGGUAGAUUGGGCCUACUUUUCAUUCUUAGCAGAAGGAUACAUAAUUCAAAUUGGAAGACAAUGUUUGACGUGGGACAGAUCACUAUGAGACGUUUGUUUCCACUUCCGCACAGGUGGUUAAGCUGAACGAGUACCAUACCCCGAAUGCACGCAGGUUCACAACCACUGUUGUUAACUUUUUGAAAAAGUAAAUAACAAAGGUUGUGAACCUGAGUUGACAUGGGAUACAGAUGACAGGAAAGAGAUAUCAUUAAGUUUAACGUUUUCCUAUAUUGCUACAGGGAUAAUUGAGCCUCCAUUUCGUUCUGAAGUAAGGGAUCCAUAAUUCAUAUUGGAAGACAACAUUUGUUGAGAGAAAAAUCACUACGACACACUUGUUUCCAUGUUCCACACAGGUGGCUCAGGAGCAAGAUCCCGAAAGAGAAAAUGAGAAAGAUACAGAGUGCAGCAGAGAGAAGGCUGAACGAGUACAGUCUCCUGAGUCCGCUCUUGCACAAAAGGCAACUAACAGUGGGUGUAAACCUGAAUUCAGCCGAGAUACAUGCGACAGGAGAGAGGUAUUAAGAAGUUUCACAUUUUCCUUCUUUUUUAAAAGGAUAAAUUGAAUCUACAUUUCGUUCUUAAGUAAGGGAUCCAUAAUUCAAAUUGGAAGACAAUGUUUGGUUUGGGACAGGUCAACAUGACACAUUUUUUCCACGUUCCACACAGGUGGUUCAGGUGCAUGACUCCAAAAUGGGGAACGAGAAAGAUGCGGAGUGCAGCAAAGAGAUAGCUGAACAGGCACCAUUCCCCGAUUGCUCUCGUGAGGAAAAAAUUGAUAACAAUGGUUUUGAACCUGUGUCGAGCAGGGAUACAGAUUACAGGAAAGAGGUAUCGUUAAGUUCACAUUUUCUUACUUUUCUCAAAGGGUGAAUUAAGCCUCCAUUUCGUUCUUGAGUAAGAGAUCCAUAAUUCAAAUUAGAAGACAAAGUUUGUUAUGCAAAAAGUCACCAUGACACGUUUGUUUCCACGUUCUACACAGGUGGUUCACGUGUGUGACCCCGAAAGAGGGAACGAAAAAGAUGCAGAGUGCAGCAGAAAGACAGCUGAACGAGUACCAACCCAUGAAUUCGUUCGUCUGAAAAAGGUAAUAACAGUGGUUGUAAACCUGAAUUGAGGCAAGUUACAGGUCGCAAGAAAGAGGUAUUAUUGAGUUAAACAUUUUCUCACUUCUCUGAAGAAAAAAUUGAGCCUCCUAUAGGUGACAUGAAAGACGUUUUAUCAAGUUUGACAAUUUGCUAUUUUUCUAGAAAGGUAGAUAAGGCCUCCAUUCGUUUUUCAGGCAAUAAAUUUUUGCUUUUUUAGGAAACAAUCUAAUACGUGAGAUUUGACAGAAUAAUGGAAAAACAACAACUUAGGAUCAAAUUACUUAAUUAUAGUCAUUUAAUGGUUUUUUUUUUUUUUUUUUAAUUUUGACGCAGAACUCUGGUGUUUCCCAACAUAACAGCCACGGUGAAUAUAUUGCGCACACCAGUUCUGAAAGGUAAGAGAUUUCACGGCCGAAAUUUUCACUGAUUAUACUGUGUAGCUGGUCUGUUCAAGGAGUAGGACCUGCAAAUGCUUAGUGGCAAACAAUCCUUACUCAGAUUAUGUUCUGAAAAAUUAACGGAGAUGUUAGACGGUGAUUGAGUUUUAGGUUGGAGGGUAAGAGUACAGCGGAGAAGGGUGUCGAGAAUAGUUCUGUCUUUCAAAAUACUUGAUUACAAAGUCACGAUUCAACUUAACAUACUCUUCGUUUUGUUUACUUUCACAGUGGUGUCAACGGGACUACAUUGAACCCUCUAGCAAGAGAAUUUCGACCAGCAACUAAGGUCUAG